CUGCGGAUAGCGACCUCCCGUGCGUUCUGCUUCUGAGACAGCCCAGUCGAUCUAAUACGACUCACAUACGCCCCGGAUCCAGAAGCCAACGGAGCCCACGACUGGACACAUAGUACACCGGUAUACAUUCGUGAUUCACAAGAUGGGAAAGGGGUACAAUAAUUAUAUGUGCAAAAAGUUUUUCCAUCCUACAAAUUUCGAAAACAUUAAGCGAAAGUGGAUGGCUGAACAAGCUCAUGAAUUUGACACCAAGAAGGAGGAAGAGAAGCUGAAUCAGUAUCGGCGGGAGCAGGAGACGUUGGAAAAUCGUGUUCUCCUGGGAGACGAGAAAGCUCGGCUAGGCCUAGCCUGGAUGUACGAUCAACCGGCGCUAAUUGAGAAGGAAAGCGAAGAAAAGGAUUUGAAGUUCGAAUGGCAGCGAAAAUAUAGCGCCCCUCGCGAGACAUACUGCAAAAACUCUUCUGAUAUCGUUGACCAACCUUUCGCGAUCGAAGUUCGCAAUGUGCGGUGCAUGCGAUGUCGACAGUGGGGGCACGUCAACACUGAUCGCACUUGUCCUUUGUUUGGACAAUCUUUUACGCAGGAGCCGGAUGUCACAAACAUUGUCACCCUCGACCAUGUGCAACACGGUCUCCGCAAGGAAGGUUUAGUGUUGAAACAAGGUACGGAGCUCUCUAGGUACAGUAACAUACUGAGCAAGGCCAAAAAAGCGAUGAAAGAAGUAUCAGGGAAAUGUACUGAGAAGGAAGAUGCUAUGGCCGUAGAGUUCCUACGAAACCUCUCUGAACGUCAGCGAGAAAAACUGUUAAGGAAGCUUAAAGACGCUUCCAGUGACUGUCGGCAUCACAAACACGUGAGCCAUAAACACUCCCGCAGGCUGUAAUGAAAAUUGCAUUCUAUUUACGUUUCUGUAAUCCUCCAUAUGAACGUUUAUUGAAACAGCAUGCAUUACCUACUGCUUAUUACUUAA